CUCAUCGCGUCGUUCAGUCACAGACACGGCUCAAAAGUUCCAUCUGCGUGUGUUACACGCCAGCAGAGUGGCCCCGGGUUUUGGGGCCCGUAUCCUUUGACCCUAUCAUAAAGGUUCUUACGCUCAAAAUCAAUACAUGUUCACAGCACGCAACACAUCAAGCACAAGCACAAUACCACAACGCAGCACAAUCGCGACGGUUCCAUAAAGUUUCUCGGCAACCAGCAGCGCUUCUAACCCACGUUGUUCUAGGCUCAAUUGAUGAUGUCUGCCACAUUGCUGUGUCGGAGCCGAUUUGCUUUCGGCGCUGCAAGGCCGAGGGCAGUCGGAGCGAGCACGCCAGCAUAUGCGAAGCCGCUCCAGCUUACGCGGCAAGCACCACGCCGAAACGGGCCCGUCUCCGCGGCGCCGCAGGGCCCACGAGGCCCAACUGACGGCGACGACGCGCCGCUGUGGCAGCAGCUGGUGUUCGGCGUGGCCGCGGGCGUGGGGCUGGGCUGGCUGGUGGCUGUUGGCACGGCCGUGGCCAACAACGCCUCCGGCGCCGGCGCCCUGGCCGACCCCGCCGUGGUGGGCCCCUCCGCCGACACGCUGCUGUCGGCCGGCCCCGACUUCUCAUUCACGUCGCUUCUGCUGUUCACUAUGUGCGGCUACUGGCUGCUUAAGUCGCUGUCGUACCUGAGCCAGAACCCGCUGGAUGGCCCGGACGCCAAGAACGGCGGCGACCAGAACCAGCAGCAGCAGCAGCCCCCGCCCAAGGAGGGCUCGGGCUCGCGGCUCACGGACAUGGGGCACGCCCCCAUCCGCUCCGAGGUCAACAGCGCGGUGCCGGCCUCGGGCAGUGACGCGGACGCACGCGGCCUGCGCAACACCUCGCUAGCGCGCAGUGCGGCCUACCGCGUGUCGGCGGCGGUCAGGGAGGCUGUGCCCCGCAUCCACGCGCUGGUGGAGGAGCUGGCCGGCCCCGCCGCCGCCUGGCCGCCCGCCGGCCCGCCCCGCCACGCUGACGUGGACUACCUGGUCAACAUGGUGUACAGCCGCGUGACGGCGGAGCGCAGUGCCAAGGCCCCCACUGGCGACAGCUCGCUGUGCCCCCGCGAGCGCGCGGCCCUGGAGCGGGCGUUGCUGGAGGAGGUGGCGGAGCGCACAGCGGCGGAGCAGGUGGCGGAGUUCGUGCGCCUGGCCGCCGCCGGGCAGCUGCACCCGCGCGCGCCCAGCAGCGGCGGGGCCGGCCUGCCGCCGUCGCAGGCGGCGCACUAGGAGGCCAGUGCGGUUAGGAAGAGGGGGGCGAGGGCCCGGAUGGGCGGGGCACAUGGGGAUGCACGUGGGGGCGCAGGUGGGGUGAUUGGCGCCUUGUGGUGGGGGGCGGAGGGUGGCCGGCCCAGGCUGUGGUGAGCAUAAGGAAGAAGCAGUGGGGAUGCCAUACAGUGGAAAAGGCGCGUAGGGUGCCAGCUGGGCAGGUGGGGCGCCGGCGCCGGGCGGCUGAGUUGUGAACACGAGGUCACAUUGAUCUAAUUCACAGGUGUUGAUGUACGCAUUGUAUAGCAGGACCGUGGAGAUGCUAAAAGUAGGCCAUGGCAGCGGCGUCAGCUGGCGGCUCGGCGAGUCUGCAGGGCACUCCGGCGGUCGGCGCCUUUCGCCACGGGUUGUGACUUGUGAGGCUAUCGCUACGGUAGUAUGUGAUGAUGUUGCAUAACGUGCACAGCCAGGCCAACCGGCUGUUGGUUGGCUGUGUUUGGACACAUGUUGCUUACCUGCACCGCGCUCUGUACGGAGAAACACAGGCGUGUAUCAACGGUAAUUGCUAGUGAGUAGUAAGCACGUGCACUUUCUUUGCCUGCUGAUUUUGUUUUGCUGCGUAAACGAGUCCUAUAGUACAUGGAAGGACAAAGCACUUCUGUUUGAUUGAGCCGGCGUAUGUCGACCUAGGCCAUCAUGCUAUCAGAGCGCUUUGCAAUGCCAGGCAGUCGCAUUAUGAUGGCCGCAUUAUGCCGGAUGCCUUGAUACUAGAGAGGGGGCAGGCCGCCGCAAGUGCACUCAAGAGUGUGCUGCCUGCUGCGUGUGGCCUAGCUGGUCGGCUGAUUGAGGGCAGGCUGCUGAGAGGCGCUGCCGGGCGUGUGCAGUCGGGGGAAAGCAAAGUAAAGGAUAAGGGUAGCACAGGUAUCACUGUUGUAAGUUCCCUUGAGGUGCUCGCGUGUACUUGUCUGGGGCGCCGCGGACAUAUUAACUGGGAUCGUGUCUCAGAAGCCCUUCACCUCACACAAUGUAUAUGGUACAUCAGGCUGAUGUCAAACUGACAGUCUCA